AUGUCGCUACCAGUGUCUACUGCGUCACUCAAUCGUGCAUCAAAUGCAUCGUCGCCGUCUCAGUCGGGGCAACAGGCAGGUCCUGUCACCAUCGAUACCCUGAUAUCGUACCUUGUCGCAGCGAAGCGCUCCCUCUCCAGUAUCCACCAUGUCCAUCGUGCAACUACUGUCCUUGCGGAGGCCCGCUCCGCUAUCGAGUCCACUGCCGCGUUGAUCGCCCGCACUACGUACCUCCGCAGGAGUCUACAGUCCCAAUUGAAGAUCUUGCGGGGCAUACAGUAUGAACUUGAAGGCUCCGCAAAUGCUGUCCAGGGCGAGUUCCAGGCUUUGAUACAAGAACUGGACGCUGCGGGCAAGAGUCUUGAGCACACUAUUCAGCGUCUCAAAAGCACGAGAAUAGAGGAUGCUUUCAAGCCACCUCCCACACCGUCUGAAGAUCAGACCUCCGCGGUCGCCCCAAAAGACACUCUCUACGACUUCGUCGAGGAGUCGCCCGCGGAGCAGAUCCGCGAUGCCAUGAAAGAAGUCAUUGACACCGUCCAGGACAACCAGGAAGAGACCACUGCCUCCAUCCGCAAUCUCGAAGACGAUCUUCAGAUCAUCAACGACCUCCUUACAGAUAGACAAGAUACUUCCACAUCCAUAUCCGACGACUAUGUACCUCCAGACCUCACUCACCUCCUUCGACAGCUCGAGUCUUACGCUCACUCGAUGGCCCAAUCACUGGAGUCACUGGUCAAGCACUUCGACCUCUGCGCAACUGCUAUCAAGCAUACUGAGGGCGCAGGCGCCGCUGUCUUGCGCAAGUACAAGGCAGGCAAUCUCCCAGCUGACGUCGACGUUAUCAACGAGGUCGAAGGGCCCACCGAGCCCAUGAAUGACGCAGAGCGUCUCGAAAUGCUGUCUGUCCUCCAGAAUGACGCUGCUGAAGUCGACGACGUUGUCUUGGAGAUUGCCGGCCAAGCUGAUGACAUGGACGCCCACCUCAAUGAGAUUCUACACUGGCGCCGCCGCCAUGAGCGCACCCACAGGGACGUGUCUGUGGAGGCGUUCCGCCGCCUUGAAACUCUAGGCGCGAAGCUGAGCGGCUUUGUAGCGGCUAGCAACGCCGCUGCGCAGCGAUGGGCCGCCUCCCGCGAGUCUCUCAACGAUGGCAUCGCGGGCAUGGAGGAUCUAGAAGCCACGUACACGAAUUUUCUGCACGCAUACGACCGCCUCAUCAUCGAGGCAGCACGUCGGCGGUCCGUCAAGAAGCAAAUGGAGCGCAUUGUGGAGGACAGCCAGCGGACGCUGGAUAAUUUGUACGAGAAGGAUCUGGGCGAGAGGCAGAUGUUCAGGGAAGAGCUGGGCGACUUCUUGCCAAGCGACAUUUGGGAGGGUCUGCAUCUAGGGCCAGCAAGGUGGGAUGUGAGGCGGGUGGAUCAAGUCAGGGAGGGAAAGGAAGAGGAGGGUUGGCUAAGUGUGCCGGAGCUGGAGAGAGGUGUUGUGGAAGCGGCGUUGAGACGAGUCAGAGCGGAUGGUGAGGCGGCUAGGUCGUGA